AUGGCGGUAGAAAAAACUCUGGAUGGGGUUGCGGGGGGCACCGUGAGCGCAUUGGCGCUGAUAGACCGCUUCGCCGGGACGCUAUACCGGCAAUCCCGCCGCGUCAAGGACAUGGAGGAUCAAGUUUGGACCAUGCGGAACCGAUGCGCCCGACUGGCCCGGCUCGCGCGAGGCGACACCGCGGACGGUGGUAGCCCUUCCGGUGCCGCGGCCGCUCCCGCCGUCGUCAGCGGGGCUGGACGCUCAGGUACGCCGGGGAGACUACGGUCUGAAGAGCGGCGAGAGGAGGACGAAUGCUGGGUCGCGGCUGGAGUGCAGGAGGCGGCGGCGGCCAUGGAGGCCGGCCGCCGGAGAGACCUGGAGCAAGAGGUUGAGAGCCUGAGAAACGAGGUUCUAGCCGAGCGCCGACGUGCGGACGCGGCCCAACUCGAAGCCAGGGACGAACGCCGCCUCCGGUCGCUCGCCGCCCCCGCUGGCGGCGGCGACGGCAGCAGCAACAGCAGCAUCCAAGGUUAUACCAUCAACUGCGCCACCAAGGGCGACGAGGCCGCGCUUCGCCGAAAGCUGGAGCUCGCCGCCGGCGAGAUCGAGGCAUUACGCACCCAUACCAGGGACCUCCGCAGCCAGGUUCAGUCCGGCUGGUGGUCCUGGAGGCCUAGCUCUUCUGAAGCGGGCGCCGACAACGACGGGAGCGAGCCUUCGAGCGGCGGCCGCGGCCGUGUGAAAGGUGAAGAACUCGGGCUUCUGGACGGUCUUGUCUCUUCCGGUGCUUGCGCGGCGGCAGAGGCGGCGCUGAGGGAGAUCGACGCCACCGGUGGUGGUGGUGGUGGUGGUGAUGAUGACAGCAACGUCUCGAUCGAGGUGGACCGACUCACCUCCCUGCUGUCGGAGAAGGACGCGCAGAUUGGCGUGCUGACCUCCACCGUCGAGGCGCUCCAAACCUCGCCCGCGUUCGCCCCGCCGCCGCUGCCGCCGUCGCCUAGAAAGGGCGGCGUGGCGGCGCCCGGCGUUAACGUCGACGGCGCUGCCGUCGGGGCCUCCAGCCCGCGGCUUCGGACGGACCGGGAGACCGCCCGCACGCCAACUAGCAGGGGUUCGUUGAAGUUGUCGUCCUUCUGGGCCGCCGACGUUUCUGGCUGCGGUGUGGACGACGGGGGAGAAGGGGUAGGGGUCCUCAACCACGUCGGAGCGCAGGGGUUGGCGAGGCGGUGCGUGUCGCUCGCCGUGCGUCUCACCUCGGCCUUGGCUCGCGAGGGCCGGGCGGAGAGGCGGGCGGAAAGACUCGCGGCAGAGGCGGGGCGGAGGGAUAGGAAGAUCAGGGCGGCGGCGAGGGCGGAGGAAGACCUGGCGAGGCGCAACCGUGCCUUGGAGAACGCCGCGAGAAAGACCGCCGCCGCGCUGGGCAGCCUUCGUGCGGAGAGCGCCGCGAGGCUUCGGGAGGCGGGAGAGGAAGCAUCUCAACUGCGGAGGGCCCUUCGAGACGCCGAGCUCGGUGCUGACGACGCUUGCCAACGGUUAGCGUCGUCGAGGGCCGAGUGCCACGCACUGGCCGUCGAGCUCCGAGAAAAUCGCCAGCAGCACCGCGAGGAAGUUCUCCGUCUCUCGGAGGCGCACGACGCGAGGAUAAAGGAAUGCGCCGACCGGUUGUCUCUCGACGGCGCCUCCCUUCCGCAACCGCCGCUGUGCGGCCACGGUACGAGAGGACGGAGGCGCGGGGCGACUGCGACGGUAGCGGCUUCCGUGGCAUCGUCGCCGGUGGCCGCCGCGAUCGCCGAGCUCGCGGCGCAUUGGCGCGCUUUUGUUUCGAACGGCAUGGGUGACGACUACGAGAACGACGGCAACAACAAGAGUCGUCGUCGUCGCCGCCGGCAGCGAACUUCGACCUCCGCCGACGUCAUCGGUCCGAGCGGUGGUGGGUAUCGCCGGGGAAACGAAACGGCGGUCCCUAGUGGCGGCGGCGGCGGCAGCAAAGGAACGGUUCUCUCGGAGCGUCAGCUCACCGCGACGGCGACGUUCCUGCAGGAGACCGCGGUCCGUCUCGACACCGAGUGCUCCCGCGCCGUCCGCCGAGCGCGGGCGCUGGAGUGGGAGCUCGCCGGCGCCCGGCGGGGGCAGCUCGACGCCACCACCGCCCUGGAGGAAGCACGGGAGGAGGUCUGUCGCCUGUCCGCUCGCGCAGCGGUGGCGGAAGCUUCCGUGGCCGCCGCUUCCGCCGCCGCCGCCGCCGCCGCCGCCCCUCCCGCAGGCAAGCCUUCGUACGCCGACCAGCUGGCAGAGUCUUCCUCCUCCUCUGCGAUGCCCGGCAGUGGCGGCGGCAGCGGCGGCGGCGGAAUUCGAUUCGGCGGCGGCGAUGCCGGCGAGGAGGCGUCGACGCGGACGGGGAGAUGGAGCUACUACACCGUCGCGGCUGUCUCGCUGUUGGAGAAGCGGUUCGCGGCGGCGGUGGAGGACCUCGUCGCCGCGGGGGCGGCCCGAGCGGCGGCCGUCGCCGGGGAGGCGGCGGCGAACGCCCGGGCAGACGCCGCGGAGGCGGCGGCGAGGGAACCCCUCGCCCGCGCCGACCUGCUCGCCGCGGACCUGGAGCGGCACAAGGUGUCGGCGACGAUGGAGCAGGAUGGGGCAGCGGCGGCGGAGUGGAGGAGGGAGAUACGAGCGGAGCUCGGGCGGUGGUGGAAGGACGACUUGCUGGCUCUCCACGGCGGUGUGGUCCUCGACUGGGGGAGCGCGGGCGCGGCGGACGCCGCAGCGGUGGCGCUGACAAGGAAGAACAAGAAGAUGCCCGCCGAUGGCAUCGGCGGCGGCGGCGGCGGCGGCGGCGGCGGCGGCUUCACGAGCGGCAGCCGGUACUCGGCAAACCCCGACGUGGAGGGCAGACACGCCACCGCUAGCAUUGAGAGAAUCGAGCAUGGCGUCUCCGGCGAGGAGGCCAUGGCACAGGCGCUUAUCGCCGGCCGCGAGGAGCAGGCUCACCUGGAGGACCGCCUGCAACUCAGCGAGCGUCGCGUUGGGAAGCUCCGCGGGGAAACGCUUCGCCUCCGUGCCACCCUCGAACGCUGGCACACAGAAUUCGUGGCACCGGCCCUUCAAGAAGCGCAGAAGUGUCGUCGGAGCCUGCCACCGCCCGGUGAUGCGAGGGGCGCCGCCUUGGCGGCCCCACAGAGAGGAUCAACGGCUGCAGCCACGGUGGCGGUCGUGGACGGGAAAAGCGUGCUCGAGAGAAAACUCCUGGAGGCAACGGCCGGUUUGCUCGGGGUCCGCGAGGAGGCCACGGAUCUCCGGCGGGAGGUGGCGUCCCUACGGGCCCUCGUGGCAAGACUGCGAGAGGAUGAGAAUGAUGCCCGGGAAACAGCGGGGCGUCGGGUCGAGUCCGCGCGAGAAGCUUCUCGCCGGAGGGCCGACGGAGACCUCAAAGACGCCGCUGAACGGCUGGAGGAGGAGCGCGAGCGGUUCAAGGCGCAGCUCGGAGCAGCCCACGCGGAGAUCUUGCGGCUCGGCGCGGAGGCGGCGGAAUCGGAGAGGCGGCGAAACUUGGACAAAGAGCGGCGCAACCGCCAAGCAAGCGCGGCGAGACUAAGUUCUACCGGCGAGCAUGGUGGUGUUGGCGACAACGGACCGUCGGGGGAGGGGUCGAUCACCGUCGAUGACGGUGGUGUAGGAAGGAGAACUGCCGGCGGCGGCGGCGGCGGCGGUGGCGUUAUUUUGGAAGAAAGAACGGGGGUGCCCACCGGCGGGCGAAAGCGUCCGGCGGAAGGAACCGGAAGGGGGGGAGGAGGGGCUGGGGGCGAGGAGAUAGAGAGAGAGUGGGCGCUUCGGCGGGAGGUGGAGGGAGAGAGGGAGGCGCUGAGACGGAUGUGCAACGGGCUGGCCGUGGACCUGAAGGGGGCUGUCGAGGCUAGGUCGGAGGCGAAAGAUGAGCGGGAGGCUCUUGUGCAGGAAGCGGCAAGGGCGAAAGCCGAAGCAAAACUGGCCGGGCUCGCGCGAGAGAACCUCGAAGUGGCUCUCAAGGAGCUCGGUCGCCUUUUGGAGUUCGCGAGGGAGACGGCGGGGGCUACACGGGAUGCACCUGUGGGGCUGAGGAAUGACGAGGACCGACCGCUCCAUGCGGCCGGCCUUUCCGGUUGGGACCGUUCUAAAGUAGAGGCCCAGAGGUUUGCACGAGUCAUGGUAGCUGCCAAGGUGGCACAAGCCGACCUCUUGCGGCGUCUGCAAGGCGCAGCUUCCGCAGAGGCCGAACUCCGACACCUCAUCCGCCGAAGAGACAUCCGGAUCGAGGAACUCAAGCACGACCUGGCAGCAUCCGACCGGCUAGGGCGGUCGACGUCCGGCGGGAGCGGCAGCGGCAGCAACCGCCACCACCACCACCAGCGCCUCAGCCUUCGGGAGUCGGGGUCGACCAGCUCUCCGGGGAAUGUUUCGGGAGCGGCGGCGGCGGCGGUGGCGGCGGGAGAUACGUCAACACGUGGCAGCCAGGCGAAAGCCGUGGCGAGCGAGCGGGUGGCGAAGGAGGUGGCGUUGACGGCGGCCUUGAAACACCUCGAGCUCGAGCUGGCGGAGGCGUCGGCGAGGGGAGAAGUCGGGGACGCGGUCACUCGAGCGGCAGAGCGUUUCGCGUUGCGACUGUUCCCAGAGGCCGAGAGCAGCGGCGGCGGUGGUCGCGGCGCGUGGAGCAGCAAGGGGUACUGUACCGCAUGCGGGUUAACCCCCGAACGAGCAAGGCGCCCGGUGGUGAAUCUAACUGAUUCUGGACGCGGGGCGUUGUUCUUGGUGCCCAGCGCGGAUAUCGAGCGGAAGGCCGCGCUAGCGGCAUCGUCGGCCGCCUUGGAUGCGGCGGCCGAGGCGCAACCCGAGACACCGGCAGCCGCAGCAGGCAACAGCAGUGCUUCCGCGAACAACGACGCCGGUGCCGUAGAAACAUCUCCCGCCCGGUCGGCAGCACGCACGACGUCGACAGACACUCCUACUCGAACUGCAGGAGAAGGAGAGAGAAGGAACCGGGUGUCUUCCCCCUCCACUGCAGCCGCGCUUGGGCUUAGCAGCGGUGUGCAGUCGCUGGAAGCCAACCUGGCGCGCUUGGAGGCCGUUGUUGCCGGCAACGGUCCGGCUGGGGUGGCAGAGAGUACCGAUGGAGCACCCGAUGGCCUCGGGUGGAUUCGAUCGGGUUCUGCUUAUGGGGGAACGGUGGUGGAAGCCGCGUGGGCGGAGGCCGUGCGCGGGCUGAGGGCGCAAGUGCUUGACCUGGGCCAUCGGGCGGAGGUCACCGAGGAACUGCUAGAGGAGGAACGAGCGGCGAAGGGCAACCUGGACGAGGAAGUGCUUCGAUUGCGGACGGAGCUCCUGAGACAACAGCGGAGCCACUGGCAAGCGACGGCCAAGCUCAAAGAAAGGUACGAACGCGCCCUUCACGAAGACAACGAGCAAGAAGGCAACGAGGAGGAUGAGCCGGUGCCUCUCGGUGUUGCCGCCGCUGCUUGUAGUCAUGCGACGGCCGUAUCGUCGGGUGCAAGAGGAACGCCAGCAGACGAGGACGAAGAGGGAACGGCUGCGACGGGGGCAAGGGCGCAGCAGCAGGAGGAGGAGGAGGAGGAGGAGCGGCAGCGGCAGCAGAACCGGUCGUCUCUGGCGGAGGCCGAGGAGCGGCUACGGGUCAGAGCGCGGGAACUGCGAGAAGUCCGGCGCCUGCACGCUAGGGAGGCGAAGGAAGUGGCGGCGGAGCUUGCCCGGGUGGUCGAGGCUCACCGAGCCAGAGUUGCUAUCCUCGAGGAGAAGCUGAGACGAACCACGCGAAAGAUAAAGGCAAUGGCUCGGCCGAAACCGAAGACUGCCGCCAAGAGGGGACGGGAGUCGGUGAGCGGUGGCGGCGGCGACGCUGGCGGUUAUCAGUGUGCUUUCUCUUCCAGUGUCCCGCUCUCGACAGAUGAGCUGCUGAACUUACUCGCCGCGGCCGACGAGGAGGUGUUUGAAGCGAGGUCCAGGACGCAACGGCUCGAGUUCGAGCUCCGCACGAAGACCGCUGAGGCGGACGCUCUCCUCCGGGAAGACGGAGGUGUUAUCGCCGCAAACCCCGUUCCAACCGAGAGGGUUGGCGUCGAAGGAGACGGCGACGGCCAGAGCACCGGGGAGGCUACCGGUCUUGCGAGCGUGGCCUGCGCCGCCCGCCUGGCCGCAGCCGAGGCCGAAGUGGCGACGUUGAGGGAAGAAGGCCUGGCUGCCAGAGAGCUCGUGGUCGGAGCGCAACGGGAGUCUGCCGCUCUGAAGCUGGCCGCACACAGGAAGACGGCCGACCGCGCGGACGAGAGUCGGUCCAGAGAGAAAGAGCUCCGCCGUCAAGUGUCGGCGUACAAACGCGAGGCGGAGAGGCUUCGGUCGACGGCUACAGCGUCGUCGGCUCUUGCCCCCACGGCAGGGAAAAAAGGCGGGCCAAGGAAAGGAGGAGGGGGCGGAGCAGCAGCAGCAGCAGCAGCAGCUGGGGGGGAUGCCGAAGCGGCAGCCCUGAAACUUCGGACGCAGCAGCUGGGCGUCAUACGAGAGGAGUCGGAGCGGAGGGGGCGGACGAUCGUCGCCCUUCGAGCGGCCAAGGCUGCUCUCGGCGAGGACCUCCGGCGACUGCGACAGGAGGCGGCGGGCCAGGAAGAGAAGCUUGCCAGGGCGUUCAGGGACGCGGGGGUCAAGGGCAACACGGUCAAGGCCCUCCGAGAGAAAGUCACCGCGCUUGAGGCAGAGAUCGUGGCGCUUAAGUCUGCGAGAACGAACGCCAACACUACCACCUUGGGUGGUAGAGUUUUGUCUGCCGAAGCGAGAGGGGGGAGCCUUCCUGAUACUGACGCCGUCACGGCGGACAGCCCCGGUGAAGCCGUCGGGGCAGCGUUACAACCGUCGGUCCCUCUUUGCGACGUUCAGACGGCCACGGUGCGAGAUCUGAGGGCCGAGCGUGACCGCUUACGGGCCAGCAUGCGCGGGUGGCACGGGUCGCUGUCCAAAAAGACAGCGGAGAUCGACGCGCAGGUGGCGGAGCUCCAGAGGCUGGAAGCGGAGGCCGGGACUCUCCGUGCCGCGGUCGCGAGGAAGGACGAUGCCUACCGUGCCACCAAGAAGCAGCUCUUGUCAGUUCGCGAGGAGUACGAGCAGUUCAAGGAUUCGAGCCAUCGCUGGCGGGAGGACGCGGAGGCCAAGUGGAGAGGCCUCAGGCGGGCCAGCGAGGCCGCCGUCAGGAGGGCCAAGGACAGCGAGAAGAGCGGAGACGCGGCCGAGCUAGAGCUCGCCGCGCUCAAGUCGGCCUUCCGCUCCUUCCUCAAGACCCUGUGGGACGACCUGAGGUCUCGCCCCCCCCUUGCCCCGCCUGCCGCCGGCGCUGCCGAUGCCUGCCCUGCUGCACCCGACGUGGUGGGCGGUCUCGCUGGUAGAACAGGUAUCGACAGCAGCACCAAGGCUUCUGCUGGGCAGCACGGGAGUGGGGGUGGCAGCGCCUCGGGAGACGGGAGAUCCGGCAAAGGUGCGAAGAGUUGGACACGAAAGGAAGGUGAUGCUGCAGCGCAGAAACACAAACAAGGCGACGCAGGGCAAGAGCUGUUUGCGGGGCUGGCGAAAGCAACAGCGGCUAUCGCGGCUGCAGGAGAGGGUGGCGGUGUUGAAGUUUCUCCUACUGGAAGGGGAGGAGGGGGAGGAGGAGGAGAAGGGAGUCCGUUUGGAGAGCUUACCGAAGCCGAGGUUUCCGACAUCAUGCAAGCGCUCAGCUUGAGCGACGACCAGGGAGGAUCCCGCCUGCUGCUGUCGUCCUCGUCACCGUCGUCAUCGUCGUCGUCGUCGUCAUCUCUCUACCUCAACGUUCCCGUUGCAGCGACGGAGCCGACUCGGAUGGGAACUGCUCUUUUGACAUCGCAGCAGCAGCAGCAGCAGGAGCAGGAGCAGGAAAUUGCGGAUGGGCGUGUUGAAAGACCAACAGAGACAGCCCCCCCGCGUCCGCUGCGGGACGGGGAGUUGGAGAAGAGAGGUUUCCCUGACGGGAGCGGACAAGUUGGAAAUGAGAAGGAGCCUUACACCGAGCACAAAAGCACGGAAUUCGAAGGGACGACAGCAUUCGCAGACAGGGUGGAGUCGGCGUUGGGGGGUUCAAACACGUCCGCAGAUCUCGCGGAAGUGCUUCGCUCGCUGCGCGCUUCGGGUUUGUCGAAGACGGUGGCCGACAUCGCUGUGGACGACGAGGGUAUUUUCCGGUCAACGUCGCUUGCUGUGCCGCAGGAACCAACGACACUGUCGAGGUCAUGGUCGCAACCUACCUCCCACCCCGCUGCCGCCGCGGGGCAUCCGCUUGCCCCGGGAGGCAGGUGUCCUGAUGACACUGUUGAGCGAUUGUCGUCGUCGCGCGAUGGAACAGCUCCUGCUCUUGGGGGACCGGUCCUGUUGGGCGAUCGCUGGGGCGGCACCGGGAGGAAGCUCAGUCCCCUGGAGGAAGAAACAUCGGCGGGCUCGCUGGCGGAGACCGCGACGUUCGGCGGCUUAGUUGGCGACAACUCCGAACCGCUUCUGGUGGGAGAUUUAGCGUCGCCGUCGUAGGGUACGCAGGAGUCGACCGGUGGAACACGGCUGUUGCUGAUCACGCCAUGGGGACCCGCCCCGUGUUGUACACACAGAUACAUAUGUAACUGUGGGCUCCUGUCAAGCCCCCGGCCGCCACUUGUGCGUCCUGGUUUGUGAAUCCUUAAUCCUGUACCUUCGAAAGGUGUCGAAGUCUUAGCGGCUUAUUCUGGAAAAGACUGCUGCUGCUGUGGUCGUGAUGUUGUUGCUUGUUGCUGUGAGUGUUUCGGGUGACGCCAAACGUAUGAGGAUACGAAAGUGUUUUUCUUUCUGUGUAAUCCAUGGAGUAAAUAAGGCGCUGAAUACGGGGUAUCGCUGUUGUCAUGGUUGUUU